GAGUAUUUGAACCUGUUACACAAUACCGGAAAAGUAAUUUAUGGGUAAGGGAACCACUGUGAGAUCUGCCAGUAGUAGAGAUGACGAUCCGCGUGGCUGUAAUAGGAGCGGGAGCGGCAGGACUCUGUGCUCUGCGGCACCUCACCACCAGACAACACAAGUUCCAGGCCGUCUGCUUUGAACAGAACAGUCGUCUUGGUGGAACAUGGAUUUACAAUGAUAAGACUGGCGUGGAUGACCACGGCCUCGCUAUACACUCCAGUAUGUACAAAAACCUAAAGACGAACCUUCCCAAGGAAGUGAUGGCCUUCCCUGAUUUUCCUUUCCGUAAGGAUCUUCCGUCUUUUGUGAGACACGAAGACAUGCUGGAAUACCUUGAAAGUUAUGCAGAUCGCUUUGAUUUAUUGAAGUAUAUCAAGUUCUCCACUACAGUGAGUUUGGUUCAGCCCCUGACCUACCCCGAUAAGGUUACAUGGCAGGUGACGUACAAGGCUUUAUCAGACUCUGUUGUAACUCCUGUCACAGAAAACUUUGAUGCUGUCAUGGUUUGUAAUGGACAUUAUUCCGUUCCAUUUAUACCCACCAUUCCCGGACUGGAUGUGUUCCGAGGACAAAUAAGGCACAGCCAUAACUACCGUUACCCGGCCGAGUUUGAGGGGCUGCGCGUGGUGUGUCUGGGUGCUGCUGCAUCCGGGCAGGACAUCAGUGUGGACGUGUCAACUGCUGCAAAACAGGUUUACAUGUGUCACAGGAAGCCAAAUCUACAGACGUAUCUGCCAGAUAACGUAGAACAAAAACCUGGAGUUAAGAAUGUCACAGAACACACUGUGGUGUUUGAAAAUGGCGAGGAAGUGACGGUUGAUGCUCUACUGUUCUGUACGGGUUAUAGAUUCAGUUUUCCUUUCCUGUCUCCAGAGUGUCACUUGACAACUGAAAAUGAACGUAUAGUUCCCCUUUACAAGCACCUCAUUCACACUGAAUAUCCAUCUCUGUCAUUAAUUGGAAUUCUGAAAACCAUUUGUCCGUUUCCAAACUUUCACAAUCAGGUGCUCUUUGUGAUUGCUGCACUAGACGGUACUAUGACUCUACCAAGUCGUGAGAACAUGGAUGAAGAUACAGCUAAAGACUUCAGCAGUAGGCUGAAAAGGGGCAUGCCAGAACGCUACGCCCAUACUAUGGGUACCAUGCAAUGGCGCUAUAAUGAUGAGAUUGCAGACCUUGCGGGAUUUGAGCGUAUUCCUCCUGUUGUUGAGGAACUAUAUGAUACAGUACAUAUAACGCGUGUUAAGGAUAUCGUACACUACAAAUCUGUAAACUAUAAGCUGACAGGACCAAACACUUAUAUAACUAUUAAUGGGGACAAUCCAACAACGUGAUACGAACUGAUAUCAUUUAUUGUCUCAGUCAUGAUUUACAGUGAAGCCUUAUUAAUCAAGCUACUGAUAAUCCUAUUGUCCCAUUAACCAGUCAGUACUUUGGGGGACUAGAUUGAUUUGUUUUGGUCUAUCUAUCCAGAUUCCUCACGGUCCAUUAUUUGUGCAAGUAAUGAUGUUAGCUUGAUUAACAGGUUAAUAUAUUUGAUAUAGCAAUUAAUUUACAGUAGAAUCAUUAGUUUUGUUAAUUUGUUAGUGGCAAGUGUACAUGUUGAGGUUUACUGAGCGACAUGGCGUUAUCCAUACUUUAUAUUGGUGUCUGGUCACAAAAAGAUUAUUUAUAUUGACGAUAGGUCAUUUUUAAUAUCUUUAAAUGUACGGUACAGAAAACAUUUUUACACAAGAAAAACGUAAGAUGUUUUAACGGUUAUGUUUAAAAUUGUUAACAUUUGUUGCAUUGCUGAAUGUAUAUAUAUAUAUAAAUUAUGUUUAAAACUACUAGUCAUUAAAUAUAUCGGCGUAAACGCAAGGAUUAAGCUUAUAUCCACGUCAGCACAAGAAUGAAACUUCUCCAAGCGUCUCCACAAAAGAAUCAAAUAUAACAAUGUCAAUAUACAUUAUUAUCCUGUCAUCACAAAAUCGAAGGCUCAGUGUGCGUCACCUUGUGGACGAGACAAGAAAACCUGUUUAAUCUUUUGAUGUAUAUUCUUACGAUAAACAAACACGUAUUCUCCUCUUCAGUGACAGAAUGCAGGCCUUAGUUUGUAACCAAGGGUAAGAGUCGCCCGUUUUAGCUGUUUCAUGUUUAAGAGAAAGGUUAGUCUGUCAAAUUCCUGGAAGUGUUGUGGCUUUGUCGUCAACUUAUAUUGUCUCGUGUGUGUCACACAGACAUCAACCUCACUUAUUGAUUUAUAUAAACUUUCACAUUAUCUCCUUUGUUAUUUAAUAUCAUUAACUGAUAAUUAGCAUUACAAAAGCAAUCAUAAACUAUCAACCAUCCACACUACCAGGUUUUGUACAUAUUCGAAAUUUUCAUGAUGCAUUCUGUUUCAUGUCACUUCGUUUGAUGCCAAACUUUUUCCGUGUGUUGAUGUUGUAUUUUUUUUUAUUGACCUUUCACAUAUGUUACCAAUAAGAUUAAUAAAAUCACCAUACGCUUUUAACGCGGAACUCUUGUGAAAAGAAAAUACAUUUCACGCUAAAUUAGUGUAGAAUCUUUAAUUUGAAAUUAACCAAUACCCCCUAUUUUUUAUACUUAUAAAUUCAAGGAGGCACACUCGCCUCAAAUUCAACAGUAAGUAAGUAAGACAAACUGGAUUUCCGCCUAUUUGACACCUAUUCUAUCGACGAAUCCAAGAAGGACGACACUGCUGCAUGAUGCAGUGUGAUUCAUUUUCUGGCGUACUUGAUAUAUUUUACUAAAUUUUAAGACGCAACCACCUGUAUGUGUGACGUUUACCUAUUUAAACUUAAACGUGGUCAAGUUGUUAACAUUUCUAUAUAUCAAUAGUGGAGACUUUGAUUAAUCAAUGUAGACAUGUUUACUAGUUGACCUGAUACUGCCCGUCCAUUGACACAACCGCAGUCUGCCAAACUAAUCCUGUUCUAACCUUGGUACAUCGAAGAUCUGCCCACCUGAUCCUGUCACUCCUUAAAGCUUAUUGUUAGCAUGAUAAUGAAACUGGGGAUAUUUUUAACUUAUAUACCAAACAGACAAUCUUAUCUGAGUCACGCGCACAGUACCAUUUACAUAUGUGCAGCAACGUAUCAAAUAUAAAAAGAUAAGGCGUAAGGAGUUAGGAUAUUGAUUUCUUUGCAUGUAUCUCACGACAAAUGCUAGUUAACUAUUAUUGGUAUUACCUAGUUAGAUACAAUAUGUUUGUAUGAGCUUACACAAGAUUAACAUGGUAAUUUUUAAAGGAAUUGAAAUUAUAUUCUACAUUGUUUUGGUCACGCAACUUAGAGUGAUAGAAAGUAAUUUUCAAACUUUGGCGUUAAAUUUGUCUAUCUCUUCUUUUCGCACAUUUAAAUAAAGUAUAAGAUCUUGUCAUUUUGAUGCUAUAAGACGAAACGGCUCAAAACAGCCAGUGAAUUAUUGGGUUUAGGGUUCAAAUAAGAAAGUAAUAUCAAUUUCAACAUGAUACAUUUAAAUGUAUUCAUGGUCAUAACUAUAAGCCUCUUUUCAUAUAUUCUGGGCGAUUCUCUACAGACAUUACCCAGUUGAGGGAAUACAAUUGGAAAUCAAUUGUCAGAAAGAAAUGUAAUUAGUUGCCUUUGAUCUAUUACUAGUUCUUGUAACACUGGUCAGAAAAAGUGAAGAAGGAUUUGGUAUUAAAUAAAAAUAUGAAUAUAUAUGACGAAAUCAUAAAAGAACAAAUGUGUAUUUUGUUUGAUUUUGUCAUUUACAAUAACGACUCCUCAGUGAAGGUUAAAAAAUCUCAAACAGUAUUCACUGGCCAAAUUAUUUAC